AAAACCUGAACCAAGUAAUUGAAUCAUAUUUUCAAAAUACAUGAAAAUAUAGAGCCUCUUUUGCAAAACAGAACAAAAAAAAAAAAGCAGAACCAAGAAAAACGAAAUUAACGAAGCAGAACCUAGUGAGUGUAACUGAACAGAAGAGAAGAAGGGAGAGUGUGCGCGCGUGAAGGAGAUGUCAGACCUAGAUAGACAGAUAGAGCAACUGAAGAGAUGCGAACCAUUGAAGGAAUCUGAAGUGAAAGCUCUUUGCCUUAAAGCUAUGGAAAUUCUUGUUGAAGAAAGCAAUGUUCAAAGAGUCGAUGCACCUGUUACUAUAUGUGGGGAUAUUCAUGGGCAGUUUUAUGAUAUGAAAGAGCUUUUUAAAGUAGGAGGUGAUUGUCCUAAAACAAACUAUCUCUUUCUUGGGGAUUUUGUUGAUAGAGGAUUUUACUCCGUUGAGACGUUUCUGCUUUUGCUCGCUCUCAAGGUAAGGUAUCCAGACCGGAUAACACUCAUUAGGGGAAACCAUGAAAGUCGUCAGAUUACACAGGUAUACGGUUUCUAUGACGAGUGCCUUCGGAAGUAUGGUUCAGUAAAUGUAUGGAGAUAUUGUACUGACAUAUUCGAUUACUUAAGCUUGUCUGCUCUAAUUGAAAACAAGAUUUUCAGUGUUCAUGGUGGUCUUUCCCCUGCCAUUUCCACAUUGGACCAGAUACGAACUAUUGAUAGAAAGCAAGAGGUACCUCAUGACGGUGCCAUGUGUGACCUUCUAUGGUCAGAUCCUGAAGAUAUUGUGGAUGGAUGGGGUCUAAGUCCACGUGGUGCUGGUUUCUUGUUUGGUGGCAGUGUUGUGUCUUCUUUUAACCACGCCAAUAACAUUGACUAUAUAUGCCGAGCUCAUCAGUUGGUAAUGGAAGGAUAUAAAUGGAUGUUCAACAAUCAGAUAGUUACUGUUUGGUCAGCUCCAAAUUAUUGCUACAGAUGUGGUAAUGUAGCUGCAAUUCUGGAGUUAGAUGGUAAUCUUAACAAGCAAUUUCGUGUGUUUGAUGCUGCCCCACAGGAAUCAAGAGGGGCACCUGCCAAGAAACCAGCGCCAGAUUACUUUCUAUAAAGCAGUUUUCUUUAUUUCUCUAUAUCAGAAAACACGAAUUGACGAACGGGACUUGAAUCGUAGAGAUGUCUGAAACGGAAGGAAUCAAUGAAGGACAAUCGUCAGUUCUGAAGGCAAGAGUCUGGCAUACAUGCUUGUGCACCUGCCUGCUUCUGUGCUUCAUGCAUCUUUAUUAUUAUUGUAGCAGUGUUGUGAAGUAGUUUGUGAUUUGGCUAUAUAUGGUUCUUACCUUUGUUCAUUCAGAAGCUGUGAUGAACAUAGGGAUUAGAAGGAAAAUGACAUUUGCAUAUAUGAGAACUUGAUUAGGAAGAAUUGGAUUGAAUCAGGGAAUAUUGGGAGUCCAUAAAUAUGUGGUAAAAACCCACUAUUCAAGUUUUGAUAUUCGUUUGAGCUAUAAAAGUUUGUUAUUCAAUUUA